AUUACAAUGACGUCCAAAAAGGGGCGGAAUCGUGGGUGUGUAACAAACCUACGAAGGCUGUAGUUUUAAUAUCCCCACCUCAACUCAGUCACAACUGAUUUCGAUAGCUUGAAGCCAAGAAGAAUCGCCUUCACCUGUACCAGUGUUCCAAUGAGAAGUGGUGUUUACUGUUGCUCCAUUUCUUGAUUUGAAAAAGAAAGCAACAUCAGCCUCAGACGUGUAGGACUCCAGUCCAGGAAAGUUCAGUCCACUGUUUCCACACGCAAGAUCUGUGAGGCGGAGAUCCCUCCAUCUGUCAGAAGUGUCCUUACCGUUGUUGUCAAAUCAAUUUGAACAGACACAAAUACACACACAUCAGCACUUGGUCGACCUAGCUGUCACGUGCACCACCCACCCACACUGAGCAGCCUGUAAGCGUCAAAGUAGGGCCAGUGUGUUCCUAAAGGGGGGUGCUGUUGCCCCCCCUCCUAUGUGUCACAUUUCAGCGGCCUGAGGUUGAUUUCAUUAACCCCGUCGGGAUCCGGACAACGAGUGCAGAGGUCACUGCUGCGGUGCCCCCAUCGUCGACGCCCCGAUGUAUCUGAAGAAGUACUUGACGGAAGGCCUCAUCCAGGUCGCCAUCCUGCUCAGCCUGUCUGGCACCAGGGUGGACGUUGGACUAGAAACCGGCCUCCUGUCGCCCCUGCAUGAGAUGAUGCUGGGGCCAAGCGCAGGGAUCACCCAAACCCAGUUCCAUAACCUGUGGAACCAUCUGGAAGACGGCCAGCCCAGCCACCCCAAAAACGUUGACUUGGACGGGUUCACCUCUCGACGGCUGCUUGGCUUGGUUCGCUCGCUCGAUAGAUUACAGGUGCCAAACACAGAGCUCGAGGCAUGGUUGGUUCACAGAGAGCCGGACAUGCUGCCAGGGGAACACCAUGGCCAGCCCGCCCCACUGGAGAGAGCUCAUGUAAGGCUAGAAGAAGACAUAGCAGGGCCUGGCCUCAAUCCCGGAGACAUCCUCAGAAUCCAGGGGGAAAAUGAGACGGGUAGAGAUGUCCACACGGAGGGUGGAGAGUUGGACGAGAGCCCGCGGCCUCUUAGUGAAUGGAGCCAGGGCUCGGCGUGGAGCGAUCGAUCCCAGCAGGAGGAGACGCAUCGCCGAGUGCUCUCCGACCAUCAGAUGUACAGCAACUCCCUGGACGAGGAGGAAGGAGAGAUGGGCGAUGGAGCAGAAGAGGAGGAGGACCAGGAGGAGGAACCUGCCAGUAGAUCCGAGAGGGAGAGGAGAGAUUCUGUCAGCGACAGAGAGUCGGCUCAGAAUGAUGAAGAGCAGGAGUCGCUCUCUCUUCAGGAUUGUUUGAGGUUGUUGGAGCACACGUUUCCCUUAACACAUCAGCCAUCGGAGGAGAUCUUGCCUGCGAUUGGAGGAGCAGUGGAUCAUGAGUAUCUGUCUGCAGAGAGAGGCCCCCUGCUGUCCCCUCUGAUUCCCUCAGAGCAGCCCCCCCUGGACCUCGAGCUACAGUGGGAAGACCUGUUGGCAAUCAUGGAGCCUCAUGGUCUGGAUGUUAGCACCCGGUUUCCAAGUUACCAAGAUGGGCCAGUUCAGACUCCAUUGGAUGCUGCCAUUUUGAGCAAUUACCAAAGCAACUCAAACAGCCGCAAUGACAAUCAGAUGAUUUACCAAGAUGUUCAUCUGAUGGAGGCUGCUCUGCCACUAGGCACCAUUUCCCUACACCAUCCAGAAACACGCCUUCUACCGCUGGCCCCAAGCACAGAGUUGGAUCAACACAACAUGAGUUUAAACCUGAGCGAGGCUUUGGAGAAUAUGGACGUCAAUAGCUCACCUAGAACUCCAUACCAUACAAAUCUGAUUUCUGGCGAUCCUUUGGAUGACCUUAACAUGGGCGUCGAUGUUGAAAAUGGUUACACAGCAUUUGACAUGAACCCACUCACGCAAGACGCUGAAGAUAACUUAAUCACUGAUAACACUGGUCUAGGAGAUCCCAGUAACUUUGACAUAAACUUCUAUCCCAAUGACUUUACCUCGGCCAGCUUGAUCCCUCAAGAGCUGAGUGGUGCGAAUCCCAAUCUGCCAAUACUCCCUCUAAGUCAUUUAUUGGUUGAUGAUGAGGAAGAGGGUGAUUACGGUCUUGCCGGCCCCUUGGGGGAUCUUCUUGAGGAUGCCACCAUCCUGGAAGAGAUGAGCCUGUUGGAUCUGGCUCUAGAGGAAGGCUUCAGUCCGGAGAUGGCAGCUCGGCUAGAAGAGGAGGGUUACCUUGUCCCUGAGCAAGCUAAUAGGAACACGGGCCCAUACGACACCGUCAUGCCCGACAAUGAGGAAGACAAUGGUGGUACAUCAUGGUCAAGGAUGGCUCAGGGUGGCUCCACAACACUUCGCCAUGAGAGUGGGGAGAAGGCCGACUCGGAUUCUGGACUCUCUCUGGACUGCAGCUUCAGCCCUGCCUCUCCUUGUGGCUCUGAAUCCUCCUGCUAUUCCUCCUCGUCCUCUUCUUCUUCUUCUUCUUCUUCAUCCGGCUCGAGUGAAGGAGGUCUUUAUUCUGAGGAGAAUGACCAGAAGGAUGAGGAGGGGGAAAUUAACCUGGACAUGGAGCUGGAAGUGACCAUAAAGCAGGAAGAAGAGGAGGGGGCCGUCGGAGGAUACUACUCCUCCGAUGUGAACAAAAUGGUCCCCUCCAGCUAUCAAGAAGAAAAGCUCAACGGCCUGCCUUGGCAGGAGCAUAUCGGCCAUGAUCACUCCUACAACCAGGCCUGGCCCUCCUCCCCCACCUCUGUUACAGGAAAGACUUCCAAGAAAAAAUCCAAGUAUUCAUCCCGACAGAGCAGAACCAAGUCGUAUUCCCGGUCCUCCGCUGAACAAUUUGUGGAGGCCGAACUAUGGAAUCGGGACGACCGCAGGGCGCAGUCCUUGAAGAUCCCCUUCUCCAACGAACUGAUCAUCAACCUACCGGUGGACGACUUCAACGAGCUCCUGGCCAAUCACCGUCUCAACGAGCAGCAGCUGAACCUGGUGAGGGACAUACGCCGCCGGGGAAAGAACAAGAUGGCUGCCCAGAACUGCAGGAGAAGGAAGCUAGGUGCCCUGCAGGGACUGGAGGUGGAUGUGUCCGGGCUGAGGCGGCGGCGUGCGUGGCUGCGCAGGGAGAAGCAGGAAGCGCUGAAGUCUCUGCAGGAGAUGGAGCAGAGGCUGGAGGGGCUUUACCAGGAAGUCAUGUUCAGCCUGAGAGACGAGGAAGGCAGGCCAUUGGACGCCACAGAUUAUGCGCUUCAGUUUGGAGCCAAUGGGAGUGUCACCGUCACCCCACGGCGACAAGGGACAUUACCACGAGGUGACAGUAAAGGCGGCAAGAAACACAGAGACAAGAAGUAACUUUUCCUUGGAGAGGAAAGAACGCCAGUGUUCACUGGGAUGUUCAAUGUACACAGGAAGUAGACUUUACCGCCAAGCUAAAGACUUUGCUGCCUUCCUAGCUGAAAGGUUAAUUGGGAGAGGACCCUUAUACAAUGACUUUGUUACCAAAUUUGGUUCUGGGUAUAUGAUUAUUCAGGGUAUAUUAAUCAAAACUGUUGUUGGCUGGAACAGUUCAACUCUAAUAAGCUUUAAAACCAAAGAAAGGACAAUGAAAUGCUGUGUGUUCAAAUUUGAAACUGAAAUCCCCAAAAUCUUAAAUGGAAUGAGCAAUCCGGUAAUGUGUUAAGGUGUGUAUCCAAAAAAGGCGAAAAAAACACAUAACUAUCUUUGCCCAGGAUGUAUGACUGUCCUAUAUUGUGUUAAACUAUCAUAUCAUGUAUUUGAAGUAGCACAUGUGUGUUAUGUUUGUGAAUGACAGUGAGGCUGGAUCCUGGCUGUCCGUAUCUCAUCCUAAUCAGAGUUCCUGUCUCCUCUGAAGUUAUUCUAAAAUAGGUAGUACUGUAUAGAUUAUUUUUUAUUAAUUUGCCUAAUUGGCUGAAACUUUACAGUCAACUAUUGCCCGCUGAGUUUGUGUUUGCCAAUAACACACUUACAGAUCCCAGCCUCCAGCAACAUGAUUGGUCGAAAGAUGUUUGCCCAGAUUUGAGCUUUUCAGACUUUAGAUACUGAUUUUAAAUCUGAUUUGUGAGAGUAGCCCAUUGCAAAGAGCAAAAUGCAAAUGUUAGUGGAUCUACCAGCAAAACUAACAAGCACAUGGAAUGCACUCCUUUUUCGGAUUCAUGGAUUAUCAGAUCCAGGAAGAUUGAAUAAAAUCCCGACGACUCGAACUUGUGGAUACCACGUGGGAUGAUACAGUAUCAUGAUAUUCACAUCCAGAUCUCUUCUAAUCUGUAGAGAUGAGCACAAUGGAAAACCGAAAGGUAUUAAUAUAUCGUAUUGUAAGAAUAUCUCAGGGGUAGUUUGAAACGUAGUAGCGACACAAGUAGUUGACUUGAGCUUUCUGGAACUAGAUGAGGUACCACAGACCUGUUCUAAUUCUCGACCAAGAAUAAAGACUAGGUUCCAAUUAAAAUAAAUUAUUGCCCCCCCACCCUUCUUUAGAACUGAUUAUAUAAAAUGAAUGCCCUUACAUCAAAAUCAUGUUUUGUGAUACAUGCUGUUUAAAGUGUUCAUUUGGGUGCUUGAUGCAAAAAUAAAAAGCGCUACAAGUUAUUCAUGUUUAGAAAAAGUUACGCAUCACUGUACAAUUUUUUUUUUUAAAUCAGGGUUCAAAACCAUUAUAGUGGGCCAUUUACAAACUACAGCUUUAACAUUGAAUAUUUCAGCAUAUUCAUACAAAAGUUAUGCAUUGCACCAUCACCCUAACCUCAAAAGCUUUAUCAAGUUAGAAAAGGUAUUGACCCCCUCUGUUCUGACAGUGACAUUUAAGUGUAUAAAACAAGAUCUAGAUUGUACAAUAUAUAAAAACAAAGUCCAAAAAUCCUGAACUUUUUAUGACUUUGAAAUGUAUGUUUAUUUAAUUUGUAAUUAAAUUGAUUUGGUUUAUUAUCCGUUUCUUUUGGUUUUAGAUUUGUAACGUUUGUUUGCUGGUGAAUUUGUACUUUCAGAUUAAUUAAAAAUGUUUUUCAAUGA